UAGGAAUCUAGAGGGCCGAGGGAAGCACUUUAAAACGGAGUUCCAGCAGAAGCAAGCACCUCUUGAUCUUGUGAAGGUUCAGCUGACAAUGUGGCUGAGCCAGAUGGGACAGCGCAAUCACUUGUGUCUCAAGCUGGCCGCCCUGCUGGCCACCCUUUGUAUGCUCUCACUAAUCAGUGGGAUUCUCAAGGUGGGCUGGAAUCCCACUCCAGGUAUCCUCGGACGCUACACUUGGCUUGACUAUGAUGAUGAUGACGACAGCCCGGAGAAGGCGUGCAACUGCUCUGCCAUCUUGCGGGGCGAGCGGCAGGCACUGGAGCAGGCCAAGUUGUUGACCCUAACCAAAGACUUCCGCAAGCGCCUCAGUGUCCCUGACCAAUUUUACGUGAACGCCACUAAAGACUGCAGGAAGUUCAAGUCAAGCAGGAAGUAUCUCACAUUCCCCCUGAGCUGGGAGGAGAAGGACUUUCCGCUGGCUUACUCCAUGGUUGUGCAUCACAAGGUUCAGAACUUCGAGCGUCUCCUCCGGGCCAUCUACGCUCCUCAGAACAUCUACUGCAUCCAUGUGGACCUGAAGGCGUCGCCGUCAGUGCUGGCUGCAGUCUCGGCCGUGGCCUCCUGCUUCCCCAAUGUGUUCCUGGCCAGCCGGCGAGAGAGCGUGGUCUACGCCGGCUGGUCCCGGGUCCAGGCCGACCUUAACUGCAUGUCCGAGCUGCUGGGCACAGGCGUGGCGUGGAAGUACUUCAUUAACCUCUGUGGCCAGGACUUUCCCCUUAAGACCAACCUGGAGAUGGUGCGGGCGCUUCGGGCGCUCAAUGGCGCCAACAGCCUGGAGUCGGAGAAGAUGCCCAAGGAAAAGAUGUGGAGGGUUCAGAGGGUUCACCAGGAAGUGGAUGGACGCAUCAAGGGGGUGGGAAAGGUAAAGGAGCCGCCGCCCUUCCAACUGCCCAUCCUGUCAGGGAACGCCUACAUUGUGGUGACUCGGGGCUUCGUCCGUAGUGUUCUAGAGGACCGGCGUGUCCUGGCCCUCAUAGAGUGGGCCAAGGACACAUUUAGCCCCGACGAGUUCCUGUGGGCGACUGUUCAGCGCAUGCCUGGCGUGCCCGGCUCCAUGUGGGCCAGCACCAAGUACGAUGUGAGCGACGUCUACGCCCUGGCUCGGCUGGUCAAGUGGCAACAUCACGAGGGCGAGCGAGCCUCCAUACACGCCGUGUACCCGCCGUGCAACGGCAUCCACGUGAGGGCCAUAUGCGUGUACGGGGUCGGCGACCUGCAGUGGAUGCUGAGGCAGCGGCACCUCUUUGCCAACAAGUUUGACACGAACACGGACCCUGUCGCCAUGUACUAUCUGGAAAAAUACCUGCGACAAAGAGCACUCGCCCAGAUGUCUGGUUGAUUGCAAAUCCUGCUGAAUUUACAGUGAUCUGCAAGAAGACCAAUCGUCACGGCCAGCACAAAUCAUGUUGAUGGUGCACUGGCCUGCAAAUUAACUCAUAUCAGUCUGUGGGGGGGUUUUUGUUUGUUUGUUUUUUAUUGCUACGUAUACCGAAUAAAACAUAGAGACACACUCGACAAGGGAUGAGCAGUCUUUUCUUUAUUUUACAGUACGAAGAUGACGGCAGAAUCCCAAAUAAAAGUGUGGAACGCA